AAUAAGUGCCUAGGCAUUAUUCAAAUCGAUGUAAAUUUUCUUGAUUCUGAUGUAUGACAUCAUACUCUUCCCCAACCAUGACGUUUCAAUGAGAAAGUGAUGUUAAACUUCUUUUCACAAGUCAAGUAUCGUUUAUCACCUUCCAUUGGCUACGUGUGGCUCGUGGCUAUUGAAGUUUGGGUUGAUCUUACACUUAGUUCUAAGUGUAGUGUGUAACUUUGUGUUCAUUACUUCCGAAAAAUGAUGAAACAUGUUCAACCAUCAGACCUAUCUGUCAGAAGAUGUACGUCGUUUGUUCACCCCAGGAGGGUCCAUAUGUACAAAACUGGUACAUCAAUGUGUAAACCAGGAUUUGACAUUAAAUUGGUCCGAAGUUGACGAUUAUCUUGGACGAGUAUCAGCAUGGGACUGUAAUCGUGACAGGGACGAGUACAUACAGAGAAAAGCUGUUCUGCUAUGGCCUUUACUUGAACAUACCUUUGAAAGGUUGAAAAAUGCUGAGGAACGAGAUGUCGAGAGGAUGCUUCACAACUGCUGUCUGUACGUUAAUGAUGUUGAUAUAAAACAGCUUUACGGUUGGUUUCAACAGGGUAAAUUCGACCUAUUGAUUAUCCUCAGAUUGACUUCUGAAUUUGAAAGAUUGCUGGGCGACAUAUUCCUCUUGAAAGGGGACAAAGUACCGUUUCUGCUUAAGGACUUGCUUGAAAAGCCGGAGCUUGAUGAGAUUUUGGGCAUGGUUCAAGUGCGAGUGUUGAGGCUUUUGAUCGGAAACGUCAAAGGGAUCAACGCGAGGAACAUUGCCUGGCAUGGGUUCGUCUCAGAAGGAGAAAUCAAGCCUUCACUUAUCGUGAUGUUGUUCAUCCUUCUUGCAUCCGUUAGCCAUGAAUUGAAUGAUUUUCUUAAAAAUGCGUGUUUCAAUCGAAGAGAUAAAACACAAGAUUUAACCAAGCAGGCAUUUUUGUUAGAAACAAAAAGCAUUAAUGAUGAUCUCGCCGAGUUGAUUGAUCAUUCUCCGAUACCAAAAUCUCAAAAAUUUUACUGGUGUUUAUCAGUAGAUCUCUACAAGCAAAAAGAUGUUUCAUCAAGCGUUGUCUUAAUUUUGCCUUUGUUCGAACAUUUCCUACGUCUUAUUUUCUGUUCAUACGGCCAGCUGGAUGAAUCCUUCAUCAAAGCCCAGUCGACAGAAUAUUACAUUAUUUUGGAUGAUAUGCUCGAAAGGGAUUAUCAAGGAAGAAAGAACAUUUUUAUAAAUAUUUUUCCUAAAGAAGUAAUUGAGAUGCUUCUAGAUAUAUUUUUCCACCCUGCUGGUCCGAGGCUUCGAGACAGGAUUAGCCAUAAUGAAAUAAAAAUAAAUUCCUUACCUGAUUCUCUAGUCAAAUUUACAUUUAAUACCGUAUCGCUCGUUAUCAGAAGAAUAAUGCAAAUUGAAUCUGAAAUAUUUUAUAUAUCAAAAUUUCAUGUGACAUCUGUACUCAUAAGAUUUUUGAAGACGUUAGUAAGCAGUGUACAGUCUUUAGACAAACUCCCACGUCCUGAUGAAGUUGAAGUUUCUUUUGAAUUCUAUGAUGUAUUAAGCCUUUUAAGAGAAAUUGAGGCAAUACAGUUGGAUACGCUUUACAGACCUAAACAGGAGAUUCAGGCUGUACAGAAGCUCCAGCUAGUUUCAAACGGGAUAAUGUCGGUUAUAACAACUGUCAAGGAAAACUGUGAGACGCGUUACAGGAGCUGGCUUGGAAAACAAAUGAGGUCAAGAGGAAGAGAGAAUUACAUCAAGAUGCACAAAGUUAUUCCAGUUCUUAAACUCACAUUGUGCACUGUUGUUCAAAAUAUAAUAACAACGCUUUCCCACCUGCAGGCUCACUUUGACUCAAAAUACUAUGGCAAAUGUCUCAAGCUUGUGGAAAACCUAACCGUGUUGACCGGUUUGAAUUGCAACAAAUGGGGGAAAAUUGAAGAACUAUGCAGUGCUGCGUUAAUCGAGUCAACUGUGUUUCGUACUUCACCGAAGAAUAUGGAUGUACCUUAAGGAUAACAACAUUUAAAAAAAGACAUUUCUUUAAAUGAAAUAACGUAAACAAAUCGAGGUUAAUAUAAAUUGUUAGUUGUAAAUAAUAUGCCAACUUGAAAUUUUAGUACAUUGAUAUGACUACCAACUCUUUUCCGUUAUUUUUGUAAUUUUCUUUUCUUUAUUUUUUAUUGUUUAUUUAACCUAGUUAAGUGGGAUCUACAAUUAGAAAAUAAAGACAACUGCAUGACAUAAAAUUGUGAAAAUUUCAAAAAUACUAAUUGUAUUUUUAUAGUCUCACAACUGCCUCCUUAUACACCUUAUUACAAUUGAUAAAAAAUAUGAAGGAAAAAGAGAAAGAGGUUAAGUUUGUUACAUAUGAAUUAUGAUGAUUUUUUGUUAAUGGCAAUGGAUCAGUGGUUUGGUGGACAAAGAGAUUACAGCUAAGGAAUGUCAAGACUAGUGAUUCUGAGCAUCACUGAGGCAAUGAGAAUGACACCGACUGCUGCCCUGAAAGUCUUGAAUUUACCACCAUCUUUAUACUGGAUCACAAUUCAUAAUGCAGGGGCAGACUCUGAUAGCCUUCUCGCAUAACAAAGAGCAACUAAAGCUUCAGGCAGACUCUAGGCUAGUUGAUGCCACUCCUAAAUUCAGAAUUAGAAGACAAAAUUUCUUAUUAAAAUACCUGGUAGAGCUGACUGGAAGAAAAAGUUAAUGCAAAUCACAAAUGGUAUUUAGAUGGCUCCAAAACUGAGUAUGGGUCAGGAGCUGGUAAUUAUGAAAAAAAGCCAAGGACUAGAAUUGUACCAAUGUCCUAGUAGUAAAAGGAUUGAGUUGAUUGCACUGAACUAAAGAACUAGGAAAGUACAAUAAGCCAGAAGGAUGCAGUGCUUGGGGAACAAAAAUCCCCACUUCCUAGUAUCUUACCAUAUGUCAGAUUUGGGGAAAAUAAAAUUACCCUUGUCUGGGUACCAGGGCAGUGGGGCGAUGAAGAAAUUAAUCCUUGGGUAAAUUGGCCAAGGAAAGUACGAUGAGGACACCUAUUUGAAGCAUACAAAAUAAAGGUUAAAGGACUAUUACAAAAUCUAAUGGCAGAUCUAGGAUUAAGACUAGUCUAGAUGGACUGCUAACUAGGCUGGAAGUGUCCUUGUUGGUGCGAAGGCUUAUGUAGGCUGAGAUUCCAAAUCCUAGGAGAGGAAGCCUGGGACUGAAGGAUAUGCACAGGAGUCAUUGAAAAAGCUUUGGGUUCCGGUAAAAAGUGGUUUAAAGAGAAAGAACUUAAAGCAAUUUA